CCCGCCGUGACGACACGCGACUGAAUCGCACGACAAACACGACAAAUCGACCGGCGACUUGUCGAGUGAAGUGUUAAACAUGCAAGUGUUUGCGCCUUUGAUCUUCGCGUGGCUGAUAGCUGGGGUUCGUGCCGUCAUAAGAACCCCAUUAGAAGCUUUUAGACCUUCAGGAGAGAUACAUUUAAGGAGACCGGACAAACUGCCUUUCCUUCCACACAGGCGGACCACGCUCCCUCCUAAGAGUGGUCUCAAGAUUUUAUAUCAGGCUGGGAUGUCAGAGGAAGACCUUCCUGACUGCAGAGCUCGACAGGUGUGCAGUAAAGUAGAUUUAUACGAUACUACACAGCCGUGGAUAGAGAGGAAAUGUCGCUGUUUGGGUCACAGGCCGUGUUCUAGUGAUUUAUCUGCUGGUGAUGACCACACCUUGUCAGACAAGACAACAUUAUACAAGACAUGUGAACCAGUAAGGCGGUUACCAAAAUGUCGCUACUUCAAGGAUGCUGCUUGGACCAUCUUUUCAUUUCCAGACAGUAAUGCCACUCAGCAAAUUGUUAACUGUCACUGUCCUAAGAAUUCCAUUACUUAUUUACUGAAGAAGCUACCGUACACGACACCUAGCGGAGAACAAGGGAAUCAAUACCAGUUCGCGUGUUCACCGCAAAUCAGAUUACGUUGUUCGAGAAAAGAACCUUGUAAACUGUUCAGUGCGAGGCGACGACAUGAGCAAAUUGAUGAAGUUAACGCCAACACUAUAUGCCAAUGUCCCAGGGAUCACACGUGUCCAAGACAUCACACAGAAACUGGUGUAUUGCCAGGAAUCACGUACGCGGCUGAAGACAUCCGCACAUACCAUGGUUAUUGCUUACCCGAACCAAUACCAGAAGUAUACAGGUUCGUAGGAGACAAGGAUUGAAUUGACCUUAUAAAUUGGAGUUAGACAAAUGAACAAAGAGCAUGCAAUAAGGGCAAAACGUAGAAUUUAGAAUCAAGUAGGUCAUUUUAAUGCAUGAACAAAAUUCAAGUAUAUAAAUUAUCUUAUAAUAUUUAUGGAAUGCCCUAUACAAUUUUACCAGCAUGACAAUUUUAUGAUUACAAGACUACUUCACUAUUGAGUUCAAGUCUCCCUUCAUAAUGGAUAGAUUUAGUGUAGUCAACAUGAUUUGGUUCAGGGUCUUUAUUAAGUAUUUCUUUUCUUGCACCUCUGUAUUUGUGCUUCUUUCAGACGCCUAUUACGACAUAUUGGGGAUGAAAGUAGUAGAGAAACAACGACAAUAUGCUAGUUUGGUCUAACUCCACUUUUAUAAAAUUUAUAACAGAAUUAACGCUAUUCCUGUAAGUAGUCUGUUACCUUAGUUUUUUUUCUUAUAAAUAUAUCCACAACUCGCGCAAACAAAAUAACCACUAAAAGUAUUCGAAAAAAUAAAAAGACUGCAAACUUUAGAUUUUCGAGAUUCAAGUAUAAGAUUCGAGUAUUAGUGUACAAAUAAUUAAAUUAUAUAUUUUAAAUAUUUCUGUGAAUUGCGUUAAUUCAGUUAUACGGUAUAUAGCAUCUAAGAAACCGGUUUAUUGUGACCAUGUACUUAAAUUGUACGUUGAACCCUAAAGCGUGUAUUUGAUUUUGCCGCUGAAAAUUUUCGUUUGCUCAUUACCUGUUUAGUACAAAAACGAUUCAGUUGAUUAAUUUUUGGUGUAUGUUGGUAUGAUACUCAGAUGAACAAAAGUAUUUUAAGUAUUUUUUUUAUAAUUACUAACAUUCCUAGGUGCCAUAAUUCAUGCGGUAAAUCGCGAACGUUUUAAACUUACACUUCCAUGAACUUUUUUUAUGUACCUCGAUAUUUAUUAUGUAUCUCUCGAUUUGUAUCAAUUUAUAUAUACAUACAUAUGUCUAAAACAAGAAA